CUUGCAACCUGGUACUAUUGAGUGCUCUGUUGAUGGACCUCUCCAAGUAACGCAUCCUGCACAGCAACGCCAGGUCCACCGACAAGUAGUAGCUGUCCUUCUGAUCGUUGACUGCGAGCGAAAGUGCCGCCCGGAACGUCGUAUCGGAUCACCGCUACCUCCACCUUUGAGCCCUUCCGCAACACAUCAAGCGACUGCGCUAUCCAUCCACGAUGUCACUGUCCGACCUCUCGCAGGGCUCCGUCGACCAGAUGGUCAACCACUUCGACCCCAAUAGCAAGCUUGAUGGGCCUAUCUGCCAGAUUCUCAGUAUCAAAAAGAUCCCUCCGUCUAACCCCGGAAGCGCGGAGCGGUACAGAGUCAUCCUCAGCGAUGGAGUGCACUACUGUCAAAGCAUGCUUGCCAUGCAGAUGAAACACCUGGUCGACAAUGGUACCAUCACGCGCAAUUGCCUCGUUCGUGUCUUGGACUACGCGUCGAACCACGUCCAGUCGCGUCGCAUUCUCAUCAUCCUGAACGUCGAGAAGUUUACCGAGUGUGAAUACAGGCUCGGCGCUCCAGCCAACCUUGAAGGCGGUGCUGCCAAGCCUGACGCUGGAGGCGCAGGUCAACAGCCAUCCGAGAGCGCCAAACUGGCAGCGCGGCCGCAACCCGAGUCUACAACAAAUCAAAAGCCGUCUUUCAGCACCAGCAACUACACCCGCUCCAAUGGCUCUGGAGUGCGCAAUGCUAGCACUGGAGUAGGAGGCACCAAGUCUAAGCUGCCAGUGUACCCGAUCGAAGCCUUGUCGCCUUACCAGAACAAAUGGACCAUCCGUGCCCGCGUCACAUACAAGGGGGACAUUAAGCACUAUUCAAACGCCAGGGGAGAAGGCAAGCUGUUCUCGGUCAACCUAUUGGAUGAGAGUGGCGAGAUCCGUGCAACAGGGUUCACGGAAACGGUCGACAGGUUCUACAAUCUACUCAAAGAGAAUGGCGUCUACUACAUCAGCAAAUGCAAAGUCGUGAUCGCCAAGAAGCAGUUCAGCACCCUCAACAACGAGUACGAGCUACAAUUCGACAAUCAUACUGAGAUUGAGGAGUGCACGGACAAUGUCGACGUCCCGUCGGUUUCGUACAACUUUGUGCCACUUGACCAACUCGAGGCAAUCGAGCCGAAUCAGACAUGUGACGUGCUAGGUGUCGUGGAGAAGAUCGGCGAGCUUGGCGAGAUCAUCUCGCGUGCGACACAGAAACCUGUCGCCAAGCGCGAGCUGACGCUGGUGGACUCAAGCGGGAUGAGCGUGCGUGUCACGCUGUGGGGCAAGUCGGCCGAGAACUUCCGCACGGACGAAGAAAGACCGAUUAUCGCAUUCAAAGGUGUCAAGGUCGGUGAUUUCGGUGGACGCAGUCUAAGCAUGCACUCCGGAAGCACAAUGCACGUGAAUGUUGAAACACCCGAGGCCUACUCACUCAGGGGCUGGUAUGAGACCGAGGGCGCCAAGUCCAACUUCAAGAGCUAUUUGGGCGGCGGCGCCGGUGCUAGUGCCGGUGGGGGACCUGCUGGCAGCAACCUGGACGAGCGCAAGACCAUCUUCCAGGUCCGCGACCAGGAGUUGGGCAUGAAUGACUCCGACCGGCCAGACUUCUUCAACAUGCGCGCAAUGGUCGUUUAUAUCAAGGCUGACAACCUCUACUACACAGCGUGCCCGAGCGACAACUGCAACAAGAAAGUCAACCUCGACGUCGACGGCUGGCGCUGCGAGAAGUGCGAUCGCAGCUACGAGGCUCCGCAGCAUCGGUACAUCCUGACCGCUAACGUCGCGGAUCACACGGGUCAGAUCUGGAUCAGCGGGUUCAACGACGUGGGCGAAGAGUUGAUCGGUAUGACCGCCGAUCAGCUCGAUCAGCUCAAGCAGGAGAACGAGAGCGAAAGUGCCGCGGUGCUCAAGCGCGUGUGCGGCAAGAGCUAUUUGUUCAACUGCCGCGCGAAGCAGGACACAUUCAAUGACCAGGUGCGCGUGCGCUAUACUGUCACGAAGCUCGCGCAUACCGAUUUCAGAAAGGAGGGGAAUCUGCUUGCCGAUGCGAUUUCCAAACUUCUGUAAUGAGCGCGUUUGACGGCCAACAUGCAGACGAAAACGAAUCAUGUGCAUAUGAUCCAUUCACUCGGUGUAUGGUAUGUGAAGUAGGAACAGAUUUGCGCGGUGGAUGCCCAACACUUGAGCCAUGCGAAAGUGUACGGCGAGAAAGAGAAUGUGCGACGCUCAAAGUCACCGUGCUGCCACUCAGAGACUCCUGCGAAGCGAGGGAGAUACCUGGAAGCAAGCCGGCCGGCUUAAAUUGAGGUCCAUCCGUUCCCCUCCUCGGAGCUCGAGCGGCACUGGUAUACAGUGACGAGCAAGCGCGAAAGAGGUCGAAGGGAUGCGGUUGGCUCUUGGUCCUGCGUUACUGCUUCUCCCACAUGGGAGGAAGCAGGCCUGCAGCUCUCCUCGGCUGGAGAAAGUAGAGGAGGAGAGCAGCACCCCAUGAAGGAAGCGCCCGGGCGAGG